AUGGCUAAUGACGCACCUAAGGUCCAUUAUUGGGAGCACGGCUCCAUCGGGCCCUUCACCUUAACUUCGCCAAUGGUCCUAGGCCAUGAAUCUAGCGGGAUAGUCACCUCCGUCGGCCCAGCCGUCACAAGUCUACGGCGCGGUGACAAUGUUGCCCUCGAACCGGGCGUCCCUUGCCGACGCUGCGAACCCUGUCUCGGCGGCAAAUACAAUCUGUGCCUCAACAUGGCCUUCGCCGCCACGCCGCCAAUCGACGGCACGCUGGCCAAGUACUACGUUCUACCCGAAGACUUCUGCCAUAAACUACCCGCGAACGUCGGGCUUGAGGAGGGUGCCCUGAUGGAGCCACUCAGCGUAGCGGUGCAUAUUGUGAAACAGGGGCGUGUGCAGCCGGGCCACUCUGUGGUUAUAUUUGGCGUGGGCCCUGUGGGCCUGCUGUGCUGUGCGGUUGCGAGAGCGUUUGGGGCGUCGAAGGUCAUUGCAGUUGAUAUCCAGCCUGCCCGGUUGGAGUUUGCAGCACAGUAUGCUGCUACGGGCAUUUAUGAGCCGGUUCAGGAGGGGGGUGCGGAGCAGAGUGUACAGCUUUGCUUGCAGCAUGGGCUGGGUCGCGGGGCAGAUGUGGUCAUCGAUGCCUCUGGGGUGGAGGCAUCUGUACAUAUGGGCAUCCAUGUUCUAAGAACUGGUGGAACGUAUGUGCAAGGGGGAAUGGGGAGGGAUGUGGUUUCGUUCCCGAUCGUGGCUGUUUGUACGAAGGAGGUGGAUGUUCGCGGUAGUUUUCGGUAUGGGAGUGGCGAUUAUAAAUUGGCACUGACGCUGGUAGAGGAGGGAAAAGUGGAUGUUAAGAAGUUAGUAACGGGAAUCAUGGCAUUUGAGGAAGCGGAGCAGGCGCUUCUGAAUGUGAAAGCGGGAAAUGGGAUUAAGACACUUAUUCGUGGAGUGGAGAAUUGA